AUGCCCAUCAUCAAAAAGGACAAUGGCCCUCUCUUUACCGAGGGCUUCAAUCUGCCACUUAUCAACUGGCUGCCCAGCAGUGGCGGCGGUGGUGGUGGUGGCGGCGGUGGUCGAGGGGGAGGCAGCGUGAGCAGCGGAUCGAGCAGUUCAGGCGGGUCACGCGGCGGAUCUUCAUCUGGCUCCUCAUCGCGAGGCGGCAGCACGUCUAGCGGUAAGAGCGGUAGCGUAGGGUAUCGUCCUCCCGGCUCAUCGGGCGGGAGCAUUCCUUCUUCUAGCCGGUCAACCGUCGGUACCUCCUAUGGAAACGGAUAUACGGCUGGUACAGUAGGAAUCUACGGCUCAGCGACGACAGCAAACGGUAUCCCGCGCAGCGUCGUGCCACAAUAUUACAACUUCUCUGGUCGACCGAUCGGGGGAUUGGGAAGGGAAGGAAUCUAUGGGUCAGGGCGAUACGGGUCUGGAUAUGGGGGAGGGUACUCAUCAAGGGGACUACUCGCUGGAGGCACGACUAGGGGCUUUGGAUUUCCAUUCAUCUACUGGCCUCUGACUUACCCUGGCUAUGGCGAUGCCGGGUAUUAUGGCAGUGGCGAGUACAACCAGACGGGUCGUCCCGGUGGGCGAAUCAAGACAUCUCUUCUCCUGGCGCCCGUCGACGUGGUUCAAGCGAGCAACAACUUCGUCCUCUAUGGCGACGAUAAUUCCGUCGUGGUCGUCAGGAAGCAUCUAGCCACCGCGUGCGGCACAAGUGAUGCCGAGCCCAAAUUCGCAGUUGAUCCCAACCAGGCCGUGCAAUACUACCGUGCUUCGAGCUUCGCGCUCCUCCUCGAGGGCUACAACAACUCGCAGCCGCUCGACGCACCAGCGGACAAUGCGACAGCGAUCAACGUUCCGCUCACUCCGCUGCCCACCUCGGUGAACAUGACUUAUUUCAAUUGCCUCAACAGCACUCUAGGCCAAUACCUGCCCCUGCCAUACGAGGGGGUGGAUGGUUCUUAUGUCACGAACACCGAGAAUGCCGCAAGGCGAGUGGCUGGUGAGCCGAUCUUGGCACUCCAGGCUGCCUGGGCGGCAAUGCUGCUCGUGGUACUGAUGCAGCUAGUGGGAUGA